GGAACUAAGACUCCCCGCACACUACAAACUUUUUAUCGGCCGAUAGUUUGGUCGGGCUUAUAACCAGUAUGAAGAUGUAUGCAAGUCCGCAUACUACAACGAUUUUGUAUCGGCCGAUAAACAAGUUUGAUGUGCUACCCAACUGCGUUCAAACUAAACUAUCGGCCAACCAGGCCGACUGCGAUAUCAGUUCGCUCCGAGUUUUGGUGCUGAGUGAUUGUGCAUUUUGUUUUCAUUAUGUCGCAGCUCAAUUCUACUGCAUCGCUGGUUAUGGAAACGUCCAUUGUAAAUUUAAUAGAAGAAAUUGAAAAAAGACCCGCACUUUAUAAAAAACAAUUAAAAGAAUAUUCUGAUAUAAACGUAAAGAAAGAGUUGUGGGAAGAGGUUUGUGAAGCGGUUGUUCCUAGAUGGAAUGAACGUAGUGCCGAAGACAAAAUGAAAGAAGGUCGAGAGGUGCAAAAGAAAUGGGCUAAUUUACGGACUUGUUUUCGCCGAGAGUUGAAUGCACAAAAGAACACAAAGUCGGGACAAGCUGCGAUCAAGAGGCGUAGAUAUGUCUACUUUGAGCAACUACUAUUUUUACUUUCAUGCGUAGAAAAUAGAGAAACGGAUAGUAACCUGACAGAGGAAAAUUCUCCAGAAAUUGACGAAGAUGAUGACGAAGUUGGUCCAUCUACUUCUACACGUAUCCCUAAGCGGAAGAAGAGGGCUAAUUUACCGAAGCAUACGGAUUUAGAUGAAGCAUUAUUGAAAGCCCUAAAUGAACCGCGUGUUGACGAAGAUAUAAAUUUCGCUUUAUCUCUUAUCCCUUCAUUACAAAAUUUAACCGCAGAAGAAAAACUCGAUGCUAAGAUUGGUAUUCUUAACGUUUUUAAGCAGAUAAGAAUAGCCAGGCAAUCUACUUCUCAGUCAUCAUGUAACAACAAUAUAUUGCAGCAUCGAGGGGUUAACAUCUUGUCACCACAACCAUUACAGGCGUAUACAACUACUUCAACUCCAUCUCCCAUAUCACCACAGACAAACAUUUCCUCACCAGGCAAUUCCAACGAUACACCUUAGUGUUACUUAAGAAAUUAUUCAGAUGAUUCGCAAAUAAACGACUUGUAAACAAUUAAUUGUUUAAACACUUUAUGAUUUUGUAAUUUUAAUAAAUAGUUAAAUAAACAAA